AUGGGAGCGGAGGGAGAUGACGACCAAGCAUAUCCAGAUAUAAUGAAAAGGCAGUCGUCUGGUGGUUUCGGAGAUGUUACGAUGCUUCCGGGGUCGUUACCAUGGUUCCGGCAUCGUUAUGAAAAUUUUGGCGGCGGCGAUUCCUUCAAGCUUCAAAUCGGUGGACUGUCUUCGAUUCUGCAGCCUCACGGUUCUUCUAAUCACGGUGUAAGAAGGUCCAAACAAGUGUCAUAUCAAUGA